AUGGAUCUGGUCUCCUCAAUGCCCAUGGAGAAAGUUGGUGGCCUUCUGUCGAUAAGUCCUCCCGACCAGUGUGUAGGUAGUUUGGGGAGAGGCGGGAUAUUGGACAAAGUACAAAACGUGAAUGUAAGACAUUGCGUCUUCACUGGAACCUUAUGUGCCGCAAGAAUCAAGACUUGGUCUGGAGGACGAGGGUUUGCCAGAAAUAUAGUGUACGAGGAUAUUACGCUGAUAAAUUCGAGAUUCCCCAUCAUCAUCGAUCAACAGUACAGUGGUAACAAGGCCAAUGCUGUGAAAGUGAGCGACGUAACAUUCACAUCUUUCAGAGGGACGAGUGCAGAUGCUCUUGCAAUACAAAUAAAUUGUGACAAGACGGUAGGAUGUGACAACAUCGUGAUGGAACACAUCGAUAUCACUUCUUCAUCUCCGGGAACGCCUCUCAGCGCGCUCUGCCGAUUCGCACAUGUAGUUACCCGCUUCGUCUCCAUUAAGAUCAGCUGUGGUUUCAGUAAAAAUGAUGAUCCUCCAUCAUCGGAUCCUCAACCUCUUGUAGACGAUGCUCCAUCUCCAGCACCGCUUGCUCAUUCUCCAACACCGUUCUUUUCUUUUCCAUUACUUUAA